AUGGAUCGAGGAUUCCACCAAAAGUUUGUGCAGAUUCACACUGAGCAACUCACGGGUCUUGAGGCGCAUCAGACGUGCGUCUUCAUCUACUGGCACCGAAUGUUGCUGCUCGGCUACGAGAAUAUGCUGCGCAGUCUAAACAGCUCGUUUGAAUGCGUUACGUUGCCCUACUGGGAUCACCUCUCGGCGUCGGCCCGUCAAGCUAGCAACAAUUGUGCCAGUGUUGAAGGAUGUUCGCCUAUCAUCACGGACUUUGGUGGGACGACCACCGGACUGAGCAAAACUCUGUCGGUCUACGGAACGAACAUCGCCUACUCGUCCAGGACAAUCUGUGUGAAUCAAGGCCUCCCCUAUCGCUUCUGUGGGAACAAUACGGGCUGCGCACACUGCAUUAUCCGAACGCGUAGUAAAUACCUGAGCGCUACCACGUAUCCGACCGAAGCCUCCUUUGGCUCCGUUUUUCAGCAAGUGUUCACGUACAGCGACUCGGGAAACUUUACCUUGGCCGUCGAGCGAGGCGUCCACAGUACGUAG